UCUAUCUAACAACCAACAGACUGCUUGGACCAGCACAUUGCAGCACGCUACUCUGCCUACCUUCUGCGAUAAAAUGGCACGGUGUCAUAGAGCCACUCUAGUGCUGUUGGUCUGCGGCAUCCUAAUGCACUACAGAAUCUACUGCUCGUCUAUAGGACGCAGGUAUCCCAAGAUCAGAACAGAGAGACGUGCAGAGGAGGUGGUAGCUAGAACAUUGAGGGAGAUUCUGGGCCAGCUGACAGCGAGGCAGUAUCUCAUUGCACUGAUGAUGAUACCUGUAGGUGAGGAGAGUCGAAUGGAGGAUGAAUCGGAGCCGUUCUCAAAGCGUCACUCAGACGGCAUCUUCACAGACGGCUACAGUCGCUACAGGAAACAGAUGGCUAUGAAGAAGUACCUGGAGGCAGUGUUGGGGAGAAGGUACAGACAGCGAUUUAGGAACAAAGUAUGGAGGCUCACAUAUUUGUAGCAAUUCUAGCCCUCCCUUACCCUGAUCCUAAACCUAACUCUGACCCUAACUCUGACCCUAACCCUAACUUUGACCCUAACUCUGACCCCAACUCUGCCCCUAACUCUCUGGUAUAUAAACUCAUCCUUCAAACUACAUCCUUAUGAAUGCUAUACUAUAUUUGACCAAAAAGUGGUUUGUGCCUGUGUUCCUUAAACGUAUAUUUACAGUUGAAGUCGAAAGCUUACAGUACAUACAAUUUAGCCAAAUACAUUUAAACUCAGUUUUUCACAAUUCCUGACAUAUAAUCAUAGUAAAAAUUCCCUGUCUUAGGUCAGUUAG